AUCACGGCAGCCAUCUCCUUUUGCGCCUCCGGUUAUCGAUAUCAUCGCCCAUAGCCUCAAAGAAAAAAAAUAAAACCUUUUCAUCUUCGGAACCGUUUCUUUUUCCUUCUCCAUCACCGGAGCUCAGGUGGUUCUUCUUAUGGUUUUCGGGUACAGCACAUCUUUCUUGGGUAAACACAAAGGUGAGACGGACCUGCAGUCUUCAUCUCCGCCUCAUAGCAGCACAUCGUCCUUAGAAACUCCAUCUCAGAUCUGCUUGGCUGGGACCAGGGCGUACCUCCACUCUUCUCCGCCUCACAGCAGCCACAGAGUCAUUUGUUGCUCCGUCUCCGGUUGGGUAUACUCUCAAACAGAGGAAUUUUUGGGUAGUAGUGAGGGGAAUGAUCAGGGCAUAUCCCGUGGGCAGGGUACACAGAUCGGACUUUGAUUGGCUACCCAAAAACUCUGCCAUUUUCUUGUUUAGUGGAAUUGUUGCUAUUGUUCUUGUGUGGAAAUGAUAUAGAUUGAGGGGAAUAUAAUGAACAUUUCACGCAAUU